CCUUCGCUAAGCGGAAGAAAAACAAGCAGGUCAUGUGACGUGCGCCUGCCCUGCCCUGAUCGUCUGUCACUUCUGGAUCCAUUAACCCGAGGGAGGGAGUCCUGCCUGCCUGCCUGCCUGCGUGAAUGACACGGAGCGAGCAGCAUGGCUGACGACUUGAAAAGAUAUCUGUACAAACAGUUGCAAAGUGUUGAAGGUCUUCACGCGAUCGUGGUUACAGACAGAGAUGGCGUUCCGGUCAUCAAAGUUGCCAAUGACAAUGCUCCGGUGCAUGCGCUGAGACCAGGGUUCUUGUCCACGUUUGCCCUGGCAACAGAUCAAGGCAGCAAACUGGGCCUCUCCAAAAACAAGAGUAUUAUCUGCUACUACGAUAGCUACCAGAUUGUGCAGUUCAACUGGUUGCCUCUUGUCAUCAGUUUCAUCGCCAGCGGCAACGCCAACACCGGUCUCAUCAUGAGUCUAGAGAAGGAGUUGGCUCCACUAAUAAAUGAGCUGAGGCAGGUAGUAGAAGUGACCUAAAGUGUGAGCGACAUCGAAGCCUCAAGGGUGGAAUCAUGAUUUAACAUCAACGCUUUGUGCUGUGUUGUAAACAAAGGUUUUGGGUUUAAUCUGAUACCGGUCAUCUGAAUAAAAGUUGUCAUGCAUA